AUGAAUAGAGUUGUGAGAAACUUUACCAAUAAUAGAGGGAUAAACAACCCAAGCAAAAUAAAAACAUUUAACAAUUCUUGUGAUGAAAAUUUGAAAAAGUCAUUUGAAAAAAUAGCUAUAGGCACACCCCCAAGAGCCAAAAUAAAUAGUAUCCUAAAUUUUUUAAUAAAAUCAAAAAUAUUAGAUACAGAAUGGUCCAAAUCACAAAUUAUUGAUGAGAUAUAUAAAAGGCGGGUAGAUAAACAGCUUUCUUUUCAUUUAAAUGUAUUAUAUGGCUUAGGAUCGAAAGGAAUCCAUUUAAAUAAAAAAGGAAUAGUGUCGCCAGUAUUAUUUUACCCCUUAAUGGAUUACGACCAGUUUAGGACUAUUGUGCAGGUAAUGCAAGUUGCGGAUAAAGAGAGAAAACUUGGGAUAUAUGAAGAAAAACAAUUUUUUGAAAAUUUAUUUAAGAAAUAA